GCGUUUGAUCAAAACCCUCUCUUCGUUUCCCCCAAAAACCCAAACCCUCUCUCUUUCUCUCUCUACCUCUCCCCGUGGCGGCUGAAACUCUACUUCUCCAAGGGUUUCUCUCUCCUCCUUAAACCUCCAUAUCUAGGGUUUCUAGACGCUCGCUCUCGAAGAUCUGGUCAUGGCUGCCGUUGUUCCUUCCGCAGAUCAAGCUGGAGAUUUGAUGCAGAAAUUGUCUUUGGAUUCCCAGACGAAGUCUCUGGAUCUCCCUGAGCCCACUAAGAAGGCUUCUGUUGAUUCCGGGAAUGUUACUAAUGGUCAGAUCCAGUCAUAUGAGAGGUCUACUACCCCAAUAUUACAGGAUUUCAUGGAUCCCGCAAUGUGUUACGUGCCCAACGCAUAUCCAUCAACUGCCUAUUAUUAUGGGGGUUAUGAUGGGACUGCAAAUGAGUGGGAUGACUACUCAAGAUAUUUGAAUCCGGAAGGAGUUGAGAUGCCUCACGGGGUUUAUGGGGACAACGGUUCGCUUGUGUAUCACCAUGGUUAUGCGUAUCCACCUUAUAGUCCAUAUCAACCUGCCGGUUCCCCAGUACCAACCAUGGGACAUGAUGGUCAGCUAUAUGGGGCUCAGCAUUACCAGUACCCUACUCCAUACUUCCAGCCCUUGACCCCUACUAGCGGGCCAUACAACCCUAAUCCAGCUGCCCCUCCCAAAGGUGAGAUCUCCACAUCCGCAGCUGCUGACCAAACCCCUUUGCCUGUUGAUAACGCUAAUGGAAUUGCUAAUGGUGGGGGUGUAAAGGGAAACAAUGGUUCAGCACCUUUAAGGCCAACAUAUCAGAGCCCAUCUUACAAUUCAAAUGGUACCUACGGAAGGGGUGGCCAGCUUGGAGGAAUCCCUGCUACUGGUUAUCAGGAUUCAAGAUUUAAUUUUGAUGGUUUGCGGUCUCCUAUUCCGUGGUUGGAUGGGCCAAUAUUUUCUGAUGGGCAGCCCAGGCCUGUGACGAGCACUUCUUUAACAUCAUCUAUUUCAAAUGCAAAUAAGAACCAGAAUAUUCGUCCUCAUUCACAUCUUAUGGGAUUGCACCACCCAAGACCAAUAUCUGGCAUGAGCAUGGGUAAUGGAUAUAUAAAUAGGAUGUAUCCUAACAAAUUAUAUGGCCAGUACGGGAAUGCUUUCAGGUCUGGUCUAGCCUUUGGAUCUAAUGGAUAUGAUUCACGAACAAAUGGACGUGGGUGGUUGGCAGUUGAUAACAAGUACAAGCCCAGGGGACGAGGCAAUGGUUUCUUUGCUUAUGGCAAUGAGAACAUGGAUGGGUUGAAUGAGAUGAACAGGGGACCAAGAGCCAAGAGCUCUAAGAACCAAAAAGGUUUUGCACCUAUUGCCUUGGCAGUCAAGGGGCAGAACAUCCCAUUAAAUGGAACCAAUGAUGAUGAGAAGGAUAAGACUAUUGUGAGUCCUGACAGGGAACAAUACAAUAGGGCUGAUUUCUCUGAAAACUAUACCGAAGCUAAGUUUUUCAUCAUUAAGUCCUAUAGUGAGGAUGAUGUGCACAAGAGCAUAAAGUACAAUGUGUGGGCUAGCACCCCAAAUGGCAAUAAAAAGCUUGAUGCAGCGUAUCAAGAAGCUCAGCAGAAGUCUUGUGGCUGCCCUGUUUUCCUUUUCUUCUCUGUCAAUACUAGUGGGCAAUUUGUUGGUGUUGCAGAGAUGUUAGGGCCAGUUGAUUUCCACAAGAAUGUUGAAUACUGGCAACAAGACAAAUGGAAUGGCAACUUCUCUGUUAAGUGGCACAUUGUUAAAGAUGUUCCCAACAGUUUGUUGAAGCAUAUUACCCUAGAGAACAAUGAUAACAAACCUGUGACUAAUAGUAGGGACACUCAAGAGGUCAAACUAGAGCAAGGGCUUCAAAUGCUUAAAAUAUUCAAAGAGUAUACCAGCAAAACAUGCAUCCUGGAUGAUUUUGGUUUUUAUGAGGGUCGGCAGAAGACAAUUCAGGAGAAGAAAGCUAAACAACAGCAGUUCCAGAAGCAGGUUUGGGAAGGAAAGCCAACUGAGGAAAAGAGCAAGGAAGGUUCUAAUGGAGAACUGAAAUCCCAGAAGUUAUCAGAACCCGCCUUGGAUUUGACCAAGGAACCCGCCCCAGCUAUUCAGACCAAUGGGGAUGUGAAGCCUUCAGAAAAUGGGUCAGUGACCAAAUUUGAUGUUGUAGCAAAGGGUGCUAAGCCAGUUGUGGUCUCAGAGAAGAUUAUAGCUAAUGGGGUUGCAAAUGGGUGCUAGCUUUGCGUUGCACCAGGGUGGCCUGUGGUAUUUUACGGUCGUCUCUGGGGAAGAUUGGUUAGAAUUUUUGCUGGGUUAGAUUCAGUAUUUUGGAGGCAAAAGCUGGCUAAUUCUCCUACAGAGUUCUAAUAGUUACAGGUGCCCUUCACCGAAUUGUAGUGAGGUCUAAAGAAGCCCCUUCAACAUUUUAUUAUACGAGGUCGUGAGGUGGGCGCAGCUUCAUUGAAGAAACAAUCCAAAUUAUGGUGCCCCGUGUUUCCUCAUAAUGGGUCAGUUCUAUAGUGGGUAGCUGCUUCUAACAUUUCUCAAUAGGGUUUGGGUUUUAGGGGGUUUUUUCUUCUCUUUUUCUUCUUUUUUUUUUUUUUUGCCCUUUUGUUUUUCAUAUUUUAUGUUGCUUCAAUAUCUUUCUUUUGGUGCUCUCUUUUUCUUUUUCUUUUUUUUUUUUUUCACCUUUUAUUAAUAGUUUGGACUCAAUCCCGUCUUGUUGAUGCCUUGGAGCUUUUUUGCUUUUGUACUAGAAAGAGAGAUAGAAGCAAGGUGGGAAGUAAUUGCAAUAUAAUAGUUGAUUUCAAGAAGCA